CUAGGUCACUAAUAUUUAAAAAGUCUAGGCGUGAUGGGGGGUACAAUGAAGAAAAAACACACAAAAGGUCAGGUUGUUGCGUUUCUCAGUCAGAAACAGGCAAUGAGACGCUUGCAACUAAAUCUACCAAAUUUUAGACGGCUAUGUAUUUUGAAAGGAAUAUAUCCAGUAGAACCUAGAAGUCGAAAGAAGGUUGGUAAAGGGAACAGCCAACCCAGGGUUUAUUAUAAUGCGAAAGACAUUGCGUUUUUGUCACACGAACCUUUGAUAGAAACGUUCAGAAAACUUCGUGUAUUCCAUAUAAAGCUCAAGAAGGCACGAGAGAGAAAAGAUAAAGAAAAAGAGUUUCGAGUAAGAAUAAAUAAGCCAAGAUAUACGUUGCAUCAGAUCGUCAAGGAAAGGUAUCCUACGAGGCAGGAUGCAAUACGAGAUAUGAGUGACAGUCUUAACUUGCUGUUUCUUUUCGCGAAGCUUCCUAAGCUCACUCAAUUCCACCCGUCCUUGAUAUCUAUAAGCCGAAGACUAUGUGUGGAGUUCUUGAAUCUUGUUGUUGCAACUCAAGCAGUUCGAAAGGCAUUUAUUAGCAUAAAAGGAUUUUAUAUUCAGGCUGAAAUUGAUGGAACCCCAGUAGUUUGGAUUAUGCCCCACGCUUCAGUUACUCACACUCCUGCGGAUGUCGAUUACCGUAUAUUAGCAACAUGUUUAGAAUUUGAUGCUACACUUAUUGGAUCUUUGAUGUGCCACCUAUACCGUAUCAAUAACCUAGUGUAUCCUCCAAAACUCGCGGUACGUGUCGAGCAUGAUCCUAAUGGUUACUACUGCGGUCAAAAAGAGAGCCUUUUUGAGUUUAUGUCCUCUCUCAGCUUUCCGUUAAAACGCACAGAGCCUUCAAACGACAUUGAUGCUGAUGAUUUGACAGAGCUCCAGGCUAUUGAUGAGCAAGUCUCCCAAGCAAUAAACAAGCAAUUAGAAGUUCAAAACCUAAAAAAACUUUUCAUGAACAAACGGUUCUUCCUUAUGCGUGAAGUUCCACGAGAAGUAAUAUGUUUGAUUAUACGAUCUUGUGGUGGGGAGUGUUCCUGGGAUAAAAUCGUUUCUCCUGGAUACACAUUCCAAGAAGAUGAUCCAACUGUUGAUUAUCAAGUAGUAGAUCGUCCGAUGACGGAUAUGAAGCUGACACGUUACUAUGUCCAACCACAAUGGGUUUUUGACUGUUUAAAUGCAGGCAGACUGCUGCCAACACAGGAUUACCUACCGGGUUGUAGCCUUCCACCUCAUUUAAGUCCGUUUAUUGGAAGCUCUGGUACUGAUGAACUUUUAGACACUGCAGUCAUGUCACUUUCACACCGUGGUGGACUUGUUGGUGUUGCUCCUGGGUUUGGGGAUGGCGCAUCCAUCUAUCGUCCACCGGAGGCUGAUUAUCUUGCUGGUUUGGUGAGUCUGGCUGAAAUUCGUGGGGCUAAAGUUCAAGCCCAGUGUGAAGGCACUACCGAGAGUCAGUCAGAAGUCGAUAAUGACGUUUUGAAUGAUUCUUCUACUACGAAAGAAAAUAAACCCCCCAAAAAUAUACAGACGAAGGAGCGACGUAAACUUAAGAAAGUUUCAAAAGGUGUGGAACCAAAGGUAACACCCGGUCGACCUGAAAGUAAAACAGUUAAAAUGUACAAAGAGAAGGAGGAAGCGAAUGCUGAACGAAAGUUAAGGGAGUUAAUGUUGCCGAAAAAACACAAGAAUGUAUACAAGAAAAUGGUCCAUUCUAUUAAGCGGAAAGAAAAAGAAGUACGCCAGCUGAAGGCAAAAAGACGUCGAAUUGAUAUGGGAACUGGAUAAAAUCUACAAUUACCAAAAUGUGAUUUGUACAACAAAAUAAAAUAAUUAAAAAAUUCGACCUUUUCUUUCAUUAAACGUGGUUUAACAUUGGGUGAGAGGGAUUUGGGUGUUUGUCUGUCAUCUGAUUGGCUACGGGUUCAAACUUUAACCCAUAUUGUCCGUUACUAACUGAAAAAUGUUGACUGAAAUAAUUCAACUCAUCUGCAAGUUUUUGUUUUAAUACCCGUUUAACUAUAGUGUCAUCACCUUCAUGAGUUCACUCACGUUUAUAAUAAGUGUAUUUUUUCAUGUUUUUUAAUCUCUCAGACUAAAGAAACUUUACUGAUAUACUUUUUCGUAUUAUGCGUUUAC